AAAAGAAAAAGAAAGCUCUCUUGCUCCUCUCUCUCUUUUCUCUCUCUCUCUUUUGUUGAAAAGAAGCUCUCUUUUCUGUUUAAUCGCCGUGAAGCCGUGGAUUUUGUGGUGGUUGUGUGGCCGUGUUAAUCCCGCCGGAGGAUGAAAGGUGAGAAAGCUUAUGAACUGGGUAGGCCGAGAACAAGGAAUCAAUGGGGUGAGUUCUUUGAGAAGUUAAAUGAAGAGAAAAAACUAAAAAGAAAUCAAUGCUUCUGAUGUUGAUGAGGUGAUAGUGGUUGAGAAGGAGAGGAAGAGACAUAAGAGGAGUAGUGAAACUAAGAAGGCCUCAUCUUCUGAUAUUGAAUUUGUUGAGGAUUUUGUGAAAGGGGAGAAAGAGAAGGAGAAAGAGAAAGAGAAGGAUAAAAGCAAAGGGUUAGAUUUGGUGGAGAGUGAUAGUAGUGAUGAUGUUGCAUUUAUAGGGGAAACAUUUCCAGUUUGCAGAAACAAAAGUGAUAUGGUGAAGGUAAUUUCACUGGAUAGUGAUACUGAUGAGAAUGAGAGGGAGAGGGAGAAAGAAAAGGGGAAGAACACUGGUACAAGCACUCAAUCUCUGCCUGUGGCUAUAUAUAAAUUGUUUGCUCUGUUCAUCCUUCCCUCGCCCCAAACAACAUCUGCAGAAGCGGGGAAAAAGACCUCGAUCUCGAUCCAAGUGCCAGGAGUGAAAACGAGCUUUGUUUUUGAGCUUGUCAAACUGUGCAGUGCACACGGGGAAAGAGUUAUAGUGUUCAGCAGGCUGGUCGAGCCAUUAUUGUCGCUCAUCGAGCAGCAGCUAAUGCACCGUCUCAAGUGGUAUGAGAAUGAGGAAAUACUAUACAUGGAUGGCAAGAUUGAUGCUAAAUAUUAGUUUCAAUGUUUGCUUUUGUAGCUUGACCACACAAUGUUGCGGGGCUGAUAGGUUAUUUUUCUUCAUGCGAGCUCCUGUAAAAGUGUUUACAUCAAAAUUUUAAGUGUGUAGUCAACAUUA